CGAUUUUUUUUUACGUACACCAUCUCCUCCAUUGUUGGGUUCACCUCAACCUCCUCCUCGUCACCCCUCCGCCUCAGCCAGCUCCCAAUUUUACACCUAUUUUUUUUCCCCUUGAUUCGAUCAGUUACUCCUCCUUUAUAAGCCACCACCGCGCCGUGGUCGUCGUGUUGAUUCGUUAGUUUUGCGCUUGCACCCCCCCAAGCGUUCGUUGCCUUCCUCCUGUUCUCCUUCGUCUUCCUCCUUGUGCUCUGUUUCUGUUUGUUUCUUGGGUUCGUCAAGAGUCCGACCUUCCAUGGCCAUCGCCUCCCGCAUCCAGAAGCGCGUGCUUGCAUCCUUCGCCGCCGCAGCAGCAGCCAAGCUUCCGGAGGCGGCCGUCGCGGCCGCCGCUGGUGCAGAGGCUGCCGUGGAGGAGGUCGCGUCCGUGCAGGCGGCGCAGGGGGGGCAGGUGCUGGAGUUUGGGGAUACUGGGAGGCUGUUCGCCGGGGAGAGGUCGGCGUCGCUGGUGCGCACGCUCGCGGUGCUGCAGGCGCUUUCGGUGGGGCCUCUGGUGGACGUGGCCACGGCGGCGCUGAGGUCGCCGGCGGUGGCCGGGAGCGCCGUGGGGCGUGCCGCGGCGAGGGCCACCGCGUACCAGCACUUCUGCGCGGGGGAGACCGCCGAGGAGGCCGCCGCGGCGGUGCGGCGCCUCUGGCGCGGCGGCAUGGGCGGGAUCCUCGACUACGGCAUCGAGGACGCCGAGGACGGGCCCGCCUGCGACCGCAACGCCGCCGGGUUCCUCGCCGCCAUCGACGUCGCGGCCGCGCUGCCGCCGGGCUCGGCGAGCGUGUGCAUCAAGAUCACGGCGCUGUGCCCGAUCGCGUUGCUUGAGAAGGCGAGCGAUCUGCUGCGGUGGCAGCAGAAGCACCCGUCGCUGCAGCUGCCAUGGAAGGCGCACGGGUUCCCGGUGCUGUGCGACUCCAGCCCGCUGUACCUGACGGCGUCGGAGCCGCCGGCGCUGACGGCGGAGGAGGAGAGGGAGCUGGAGCUGGCGCACGGGCGGCUGCUGGCGAUCGGCGAGCGGUGCGCGGAGUACGACAUCCCGCUGCUGGUGGACGCGGAGUACGCCACCGUGCAGCCGGCGAUCGACUACUUCACGUUCGCCGGCGCGCUGGCGUUCAACGGCGGGGGGCGCCCCAUCAUCCACGGGACCAUCCAGGCGUACCUCCGCGACGCCCGCGACCGGCUGGAGGCGAUGGCGCGCGCGGCGGACGGCGAGCGCGUGUGCCUCGCGCUCAAGGUGGUCCGCGGCGCGUACCUCGCCAGGGAGGCCCGCCUCGCGGCGUCCCUCGGCGUGCCGUCGCCGAUCCACGCCAGCAUCCAGGACACCCACGACUGCUACAACGGCUGCGCCGCGUUCCUCCUCGACCGCGUCCGGCGGGGGGCCGCCGCCGUGACGCUCGCCACGCACAACGUCGAGUCCGGGCAGCUCGCGGCGGCGAGGGCGCAGGAGCUGGGCAUCGGCAGGGGUGACCGCGGCCUGCAGUUCGCGCAGCUCAUGGGCAUGGCGGACGGCCUGUCCCUCGGGCUCCGCAACGCCGGCUUCCAGGUGAGCAAGUACCUGCCGUACGGCCCAGUGGAGCACAUCAUCCCCUACCUCAUCAGACGAGCCGAGGAGAACAGGGGCUUGCUCUCGUCUUCCUCCUUCGACAGGCAGCUGCUCCGGAAGGAGCUGGCCAGGAGGUUCAAGGCUGCAAUGCUGGGACGUGAGUGAAGUGAUGCUGCUGGGACUGGGAGCGAAGCGAUCGAUCGAGACAUGAGUAGAAGUCCUGACUUGUAAAUACUGUCAUUCUGAAACAAGAACAUUGGUGUAUCGAUCGAUCGAUCGAUCGAGUUCUCUGAAUAAAGAUGAAUGAAUGAAUCGAUCAAUCAAUCAACGAAAUGAUGUGCUCGUGCACGCA